CUUUAGAAAGACACAAACAUGAGCUGAGCGGUAACGGGGCGAGCGCUGCGCGGGUUCGCGUUGGAAACUUGGGAGCAAAAUGUGCCUUUUAGACCUGGAAUAUGAGAUUUCCAAAACGGAUUAUAUUUAGUAGGAUGCUGUGUCACAUUACCAGGUCAAACAAAAGGAUUACUUUAAAUAUUUUCAACACUAUGUCAGCACAGAAUCAAGUCCGUUGCUGAAGAGGUGAUUGAACGUAUAAGUGACGCGACGCGACGCGACGUGACGCUGAAACUAUAGAGCAGUGGAAUAACGUUUGUUUUUGCUCAUGUGGAAACUUUAUCUUGAUAUUGAUACCUGUUAUCCUCAGACUUUCUGUCAUCUUAUGUCUCCGGUCGGAAAUAUUAAGUAACCUUUUCCCAAAUGAGAUGUAAGUUCGCGCCGUCCGAGUUGAUGGGGAGCACGAGACAGCCAGCAAACCUCACAGUGAAACUUACGGAGAAAAACAUGCCGUCUUUUCAUCCAUGGAGACAUGGCAUAUAGGUUCCUGUCCAGCCGAAUCGUGCCAUCAUCAAACAGAUUAAACAGGAGAUUUAUUUUUAUAUUCACUAUCUCUUUGUCUUUCAUGUAUCUAUGCUACAGCAUCCUCUUCUGCUCAGGUACAAUCAUGCCUAACCAGAGAUUGGAGGAGCACCGCUGUGUCCAUCUGAAGAACAUGGGGAGUAAAAAACUUUUACAGAAGUCACAUUAUUGCACUAUAUCAGCGAAAGCGAGAGUUAUCUCGGACGAGACGAGGGCUGUGACUCUCUUAAACCUUACUGGCAACCAAAGCAAACAUUCAGCCUUUCAGAAAACACAAGAUGUGGUGGAUCACAAGCAGAGUAAUAACAGUAAUUCGCCAAAAUACGGGAAUAAGAAGUUGCCCAAUGCACUUAUAGUUGGCGUUAAGAAAGGAGGCACUAGGGCGGUGUUGGAGUUCAUCCGGAUUCAUCCAGAUGUUCGAGCUCUUGGGACUGAACCACAUUUCUUUGAUAGAAACUAUGACAAAGGAUUGGACUGGUACAGGGGCCUUAUGCCACGUACUCUGGACAGCCAGAUCACCAUGGAGAAAACACCAAGUUACUUUGUGACACGGGAGGCACCGCGGCGCAUUUCAAGCAUGUCUCGUGAAACAAAGCUGAUCGCAGUAGUGCGGAACCCUGUCACGAGGGCAAUCUCCGACUACACACAGACCCUAUCGAAGAAGCCAGACAUCCCUUCUUUUGAGGAACUAGCUUUCAAGAAUAGGAGUCAAGGCAUCGUGGACACCUCCUGGAAUGCUAUCCGCAUAGGCAUGUACAUCCUACACUUGGAGAACUGGCUGCAAUACUUCCGUCUAUCGCAGAUCCAUUUUGUCAGUGGGGAGCGCCUGAUCACAGAUCCGGCCGGAGAGCUUGGACGGGUGCAGGAUUUCCUAGGGCUUAAACGCAUCAUCACGGACAAGCACUUCUACUUCAACCGAACGAAAGGCUUCCCGUGCCUGAAGAAGCCGGAAAGCAGCAGCCAGCCCCGCUGUCUGGGCAAGUCCAAGGGCAGAACUCAUGUUCAGAUUGACCAGGAAGUCAUUGAGCAGCUUAGAGAAUUUUAUAGGCCAUUCAAUGUGAAAUUUUAUGAAAUGGUGGGUCAUGACUUCAGAUGGGACUGAGAUGGCCCUUGGUGAAACCAGCCUCUAUUUUCCAACAAUGAAUCUUCAAAGGACAUUUCACCUUGAAAUGUCAAUUCUGUUAUCAUUUACUCACUCUGAUAUUGUUCCAAAAAUGUAUGCCUGUUUUUCUUCUGUGGCACAUAAAUUCAGAAGAACAUGCAGAUUUUCCAAAAAUUCAAAUGGACUGUACUGUUAUACUACUUUUAUGGAGUUUUUGCGACCUCCAGUCUAUUAUAUAUACACUACCCUUCAACAUUUUUUUCCCCAGCAAGGAUGCAUCAAAUUGAUCAAAAGUGAAAGUAAACAUUUAUGGUGUUAAAUGUUUGGAGGGUGAGUAAAUGAUGACAUAAUUUUCAUUUUUGGGGUAACUAUCCUUUUGUAUCAGUUUGCAGGACAAAAGGACAGAACAGAACACCUCAAACUAAUUAAGACCCAGUGCUCUUAAUAUAUUUAAAAAUAUAUAUAAAAUAUGGGUAAAAUACAAAGUUGUAUGUACUGUAGCUCAUUGCUUUUGACAUGAAAUGCUUUAAUACAUUUAGAACCCAUGCAAGGUCAUUAAA